AUGGAGGAUGAAUCUCCCAGAAGUAAAGUCAAAUUCCUUUGCAGUUAUGGCGGAAAGGUUCUUCCACGACCCUCCGAUGGAGUCCUUAAGUAUGUAGGCGGCGAGACUCGCGUCAUUUGUAUUCCUCGCGACGUAACUUUUGCAGAUAUGAUGAAGAAGGUGAGUGGCGUGGUUGAUGGCGAGGUGCUGUUGAAGUACCAGGUGAUUCCUGAAGAACUUGAUACAUUGGUGUCUGUUAGAACACAAGAUGAUCUCAAGCACAUGAUCACUGAACUUGAUCGCCAUGAGAGUGCUGGAUCGCCAUUGCUUCGCGCGUUUUUAUUUCCUUUGAAGCCAUUGAUACUCGUUGACAACCAGACUCAAAUGCAAAUGCAACAGCCACUUCCUGUUGAACCAUAUUUGUUAGAACAGCGUUAUCUUGAUGCCAUCAAUGGAAUCAUACGCCCAAGCCCGAGCUCUAAAUUUGCGGCUUGCUCUGCGUGUUCUUCACCAAAAUCAACCUCCCCGGAUGGAUGUACUUCCGGGGAAUCGCCCUUCCACUUCCAAGGUAUGCAGCAGUUACAGAAGGGUAUGGUUUCAAUGCAAAGAGUGAGAAGCUCUCCAAGUUUAUCCAGUCUUACAAGCACCUACAAUAAUACACAACCGUUACAGCAGCAGACGCAACAGCAUAAUCAUGGUAUCAGUAGAAGUAGGAGUAGUCAUUAUCAACACCAGCACCACCCUCUUGUUGGACUUAGACCAAUACAAGAACUAGGGUCGGGAAUGGGGAUGGGAAGGGUGUCUCCAUCUCAGAUGAGUUUGAAUAUGAUGACAGAUAAUAUGACUAGUAGCAGUAGCAGUAAUAGAGGUAUGAAUUACUAUUACUCCUUCAAUGCAAACAGACCCCAUAAAGCUUAUGCAUAUCACGAUGAUUCAGUUGGUCAUCUUGUUGUUGAAAGACUUCAAUCAGUCCCCCGAAGUCCCAGAAUGUACUUAGCUGAAUGA